UUGCCGAAAACCAAGACUUAUUGUAUUUGCUGUCUUUGUUUGUGUGUGGAUUGUUGAAGCUAGAACAAAUAUGAUGUAUUGUGUUUUUGUUUGUAUGGAUUGUAGAAGCAAGAACAACUAUUAUUGUUGAAGUUAGAACAGUUACAAGUAUUGAGAAUUUUUAAUGAACUAUAUUUGCAUAUAUGUGUAUAAGUUCAUAUUUUAGAAAUUGUACCAUGGUUACCCGAAUACUUGUGGUUACCCGGUGGGUAGGGUAUGGUCAUAUCAUUUCCAUACUUGAUUGAUGGUUAUUUGGUCGGGUAUUUUAGAAGGCUCUGCCCGGUGGGUUAGGAGUUUGUACAUGAUAAACCCACACCCCAUUCUACCCCAUUGUCAUCCCUACUAUGAAGUCCUAUCCUUUCGACAACAUCUCGCUAUCAUAUAUAUAUAUAUAUAAUUAAAAUUAAAAUGUCAACUAUAUAUAUGAAAUUUCCAUGCAACUUUACAGGAAACUGGCCGAAAAGCUUAGCUAGGUAGGUAGGUAUAGUAGGGGCAGAGCACCUCAGGUAUUGAAGCGCACAUAAUUAUUCUCUUGUGCUUGUACGUUUCCUUGUCCACCUAUAUUCAUAAUUAUUCCUCCAUUUCCACUCUCGGAACCUAUAAGAUAUAUAGGAUUAACUAUAAUACUAUAGAGUCAAAGCAAUUGUAUCACAGUGGCGUGCACAGGGGAGCAUCGCAUUGGGGAAACAAACUAGUAAACUCCCCCAAUACGACAACUCAUCUUGUCACAAAUAUUCUCGUGUAUGUCUAAUCUCUACGUACGUACACUCUAUUGCCCUGCCAAACAAACAAACAAACAUCUCGACAUGCAUAAUAAGAAGGGGGAAAAAACAGCGUUAAUUAAUUGUAAUUUGUGUUAGUUUAGUGUUCUUUCUUGCAACCCAUCCAAUACAAAUCCCUAAUUAUGCAUUCUUGGGACAAACACAAGUAUGCGAUUACAUACUUGUGGUUCAUAAAAUGACAAAAUUCAAACCUAAAUAGAAACCAUCUGAUCAAUGCAUCAAUCACUGUAAGACCCUUUCUGUUUCUAGAAAGAGAUCAAAACAGAAACAGAGGACUUGCAUCUCCGGCGACAGUUCAAUUAGAUUCACUGAACAAGCUAAGAGUUCAUAUAAUUAAUUAUAAGCAGAGGUGAGGGGAGGAAACACAAAUGAAAUGAUGGUCCUGAAGCAGAGGGAGUAGAGUCAGAGUGGGGCUGGCUGGUGGCAGAAAGAGAGGUCCUGAACAGAGCAGGGACUACUGACCUCUGUCUGUCACGUUUUUCACCACUUUCUGUUGCACUCUUCCUUCUUCGUUUCUGCGAAAAUGAACAUGGCCAACGCCAGCAAGCGUUGAAAGUAAGAGCAUCUCUUACAGUUACAGAAGCAGCACGACCCAAUGGAAAUCUUGGCCCCAACAGUGAAGAGUGCCAAGUACUAAGCCCCAAUUUGAACCUAGAAGAAAGAAAGCAGCUUCGAAAAUGUUAUAACACUUUAAAAAAGAAAGAGAGAGAGAGAACAUAAGACACCAUCCCUUUUCUUUUUCCCCACCUUUUCCUCUCAUAAAUGAUAAACCCCAAAACAAAACACAAAAGUUGUUUUCUUUCGCCUUUUCCUUUUAUUGGGUCUAUAAAAAUUCCUCCAUCACUUGCUUCCAUUGAUUCUUUCCUUCCUUCCAUACCAUAACACCAUACUUAUUCUCCUCCCAUCACAACCCACUAAUCCCUUUUCCCACCACUCUCUCUCUCUCUAUUGCAGAAGUUCAUCCAUGGCGAUCUGCACCUUCUUCCAUCUACUCCUUGUAGUCCUCCCAAUCAUUGUACCACCGGCAACAGCAAACGUGGAAGGGGAUGCUCUGUUCGCUCUGAGAAGAGCGGUGAAGGACCCAGGCCUCGUCCUCCAGAGCUGGGAUCCAACCCUGGUCGAUCCUUGUACUUGGUUCCACGUCACCUGCGACUCCGACAACCGAAUCACCCGCCUGGACCUUGGGAAUGCGAAGCUGUCAGGAAGGCUAGUUCCAGAACUGGGGAAGUUGGAGAGACUUCAAUACCUGGAGCUGUACAUGAAUGAGCUGGCGGGACCCAUACCAAAGGAGCUUGGAAACCUCAAGAGCUUAUUGAGCUUGGAUCUCUACCACAAUAAUUUAACUGGAUCCAUCCCUUCCUCCCUCUCUAAGCUCUCCAAUCUCAAGUUCCUAAGGCUGAAUGGGAACAGAUUGAGUGGAAGGAUUCCCAGGGAACUUACCAAGCUUGGAAGCCUUAAGAUACUUGAUGUGUCGAACAAUGACUUGUGUGGGACAAUCCCAACUGCAGGAUCCUUCUCCAAGUUCACUGAGGAAAGUUAUAUGAACAACUCGAGGCUAGAAGGACCGGAGCUGAUGGGGUUUGUGAGAUAUGAUGCUGGAGGGAGCUGUUAAUGAGGAGGGACCGAUCAUGAAAGGGACUGCAAAGUUUCUUGCUUUGGUAGUUCUUGGAGUUGUAGUUUUUUAUAAGAUUGAUGCGUCUUCUAUAGGAGGUGAUGUUGGUGAAAAGCUUGGAAUUUAGGGUUGUGGUUAUUAGCUAAUAUUAUGGUGUUGAUUCAAGAAAAAAAAAUAUUAUGUAAUAUGAGCAUAUAAAGGAAGCCAAUUUUGCUUAACGUUAUCAAAUCAGUUAAGUUGUUGAGUCGGUCUAGCAAGUGCUUCGAUGUUUAAUGGUUUAAUGGGGCCCAAUCCGUUUGAGUCAUUUUAUACAUUUUCUAAGAUUGAUGCGUCUUUUAUAGGAGGUGAUGUUGGUGAAAAGCUUGGAAUUUAGGGUUGUGGUUAUUAGCUAAUAUUAUGGUGUUGAUUCAAGGAAAAAAAUAUUAUGUAAUAUGAGCAUAUAAAGGAAGCCAAUUUUGCUUAACGAUACCAAAUCAAGUUAAGUUGUUGAGCCGGUCUAGCAAGUGAUUUGAUGUUUAAUGGUUUGAUGGGGUCCAAUCUGUUUGAGUCAUUUUAUACAUUUUCUAAAUAUAUAUACAAAUAAGCAUGGAUAUUUCGGUGCACUCACAAAAAUGAAUGCAUACGAUGCACCCAAUUCUAAAAGUAGGCUUAAGAUAUAACAUUGGAUCUUAACUAAUCAAUGCAUUACCCUGAACCCUGAACCCUGAACUUUAACCCUAAGCCCCAAAUUGUAAACCCUAAAUCCGAAACUCUAAAUUCUUUAGAUAAAAAACUUUUGAAUGAUUUUUGUGAGAAUUCAUGUAGUUCCUUGUCCAUCAUAUAACAAGUGACGGUUGACAUUGUUUUUAUGUGAAUUGCCUACUCAAAAUGACGAUUACGAGGCAAAUACAUUGUGUGCACCCAAAAAAGCGAGUGCACCAAAGACAAAACCUAUAAAAUGUGGCCCGACCAUCGAUUUUCCCAAUUUUGACCGGCUACCAGCUAAUACUCAAACUGACUUGCUAGAGGCAGGUUUUUCAGACAUGGUUAUUGGAUUAAUUGUUGGUAUUUUUAAUGGUGUGAAUGGAAAUGGAAGGGGAAAGAUCCAAGUGAAUCUCUUGAAGUACUAUGUUGGUAAGUUGUGGGAAGGCAUGGCCGCGAAAUCAGUCGAUUUGAUGUAAAAUGUUGGUAAUCGCUAAUAUUGGUUUGUUUAACCAACCUGUUUACACCUAAAAAAUAAUCUUGUACCGC